UGAACACAAUACGUGAUAGUGCGCAUGCGCAAAGCUUCGACCUCUACCGCAGAGCUGCAGACAGACCCUGAAACCCCUGCUGCUGUGGUUGACCUGACCUGAACGUCCCAUCACAAUGUACGCCUGUGCUAAGUUCGUCUCUACGCCCUCUCUGGUCCGUGCUGGAUCCCGGGUACUGUGCAGACCAGUCUCCGCUGCAGUAUUGUCUGACAGCAGGAAAGCAGAGACUGCCUCACUCUCGGCACCAGUGAGCAUUGGAGCUUUCCAGCAGCAGGUGGCACUGCGGGGGUUCCAGACCAGCGCUGUGAGUCGCGAUAUCGACACAGCUGCAAAGUUUAUUGGAGCUGGAGCUGCCACUGUGGGAGUGGCUGGUUCUGGAGCUGGAAUUGGAACAGUGUUCGGCAGCCUUAUUAUCGGAUAUGCCAGGAACCCCUCUCUGAAGCAGCAGCUGUUUUCUUAUGCCAUCUUGGGCUUUGCUCUGUCUGAAGCUAUGGGUCUCUUCUGUCUGAUGGUUGCAUUUCUUAUCCUGUUUGCCAUGUAAAUCAGUUUGGCAUUCAUUGUUCAAGGAUAUGUCACAUUGUUAACAAGAGUUACCAUGAUUUCAACUUAGCAUUGCUUAUUCUUGUUAAAGAUUGUGAAUAAGCUCAUAUAAGGACCUCAGCUAAACUGAAAUCAUUUUAAUGAUGGGUUUGACAUAUUGUAUAUUAAAUCAAACAUUUUUGUUAACAAACACGCAACCACUAACAGAAUUAAACAUUAAUUCUUCA